AUGCAACGUCCACCACCAAUUCCUAUUUUAAAUCGUAAUUCAAUGGAAUAUCGAUCUGGAGGAAAUUUAUUAAAUUCUAUUACACCAUGUAAAGAAUAUUAUACUCAUGAUUCUUAUGGAAAAUCAAAAUAUUGUAUUGAAGUAGAUUUACAAGGUUAUCCAGAAGAAAGUAUACGAAUUACAAGACAAUCACAAGAUGUUACAAUAAGUUUAAAUCAUGAAGAGAUUAAACCAACUGGUGAAAAAUAUAAACAAGAAUUUAGACGUGAAAUACAAUUACCACAAUCUGUUGAUUUAAAUACAUUGAAAAGUACUAUUUUAAAUAAAAAUACAUUAUUAUUAUGUGCUGAUGUAAAUAGACGUGAACAACCAAUUUUAAAAAGUUCACAAAUGAGUCCUAAUUCAAAACGUCAUAUUAAUUGGGGAUUAUCAUGUUCCCCAAUAUAUCGUAAUUCAUUAACAGAUUCACCUAGAUUACGUACAUCAUUUUCUAGUGAAACACGACAUCGUAAUUCAUCAUUUACAAAUUUAUCAAAUAAUUUUAAUAAAUCAUUUCAUGUGAAAAAAACUAAUCCAUUAAAUUAUCCAAAUACAAAUAGAUUAUCAAAUCAUUAUAGUAGAAGUAAUUCUUUUACAAAAACAGAACCAAUUCAUAUACCUGUACGUGUUGAAACUAAUCAAACUUAUCAUCAAUCAACUCCUAUCAAUAAUGUACAAAAUAUUCGUGUUGAAGUAGGAAAAAAUCAAUCAACUUAUUUGAAACAAUCUUCUAAACCAUUAACUUUAAAUCAUCAUCAAUCUCAAUCACCAUUCUUACAGAAUACUCAUCCUAAUAAUAAUCAUAAUUAUUAUUAUCAAAAUGAACAUAAAUUACUAAAUAAUAAUACACUGAAAUCUCAACGUCCAUUACAUAUACUCCCAGUUACAAAUAAUUUCGAUGAGAAUGAUUCUAUGAACAAUAUAUCAAUACAAAAUCAAUAUAAUAAUCCAAUUAAUCGAUUAAUCAAUCAUACAACAUCGACAGUAGCAACAACAACAAUACCAAAUACUACUACUACUAUUAACAAUAAUAGUAAUCAUUUAACUAAACCAACAAAAUUUUAUACACAAAGUAUGAAAGUUGGUUUAGAUGUUAAACCAGAAGAUUUAAAUAUUCAUUUAAAAAAUGGUUUACUUACAAUAAUGAUUAAACAAAAAGGUAAUAAUAUUGAAAAUAAUCAUAAAACUAAAAUUGCACGUGAAUUUUUACAUGAAAAUACAAUACCAAUUAAUGUAGAUCAUAAUAAAUUAAUAGCAAAAUUAGAUAAUGGUCUAUUAAUAUGGGAAGCACCAUAUAUGACAACUACAUCAACUAUAUCAUCAAUAACAGGUGAUUUAAUUGAUAUACCAGGAUAA